CCGGGGAGGCGGUACGGCCGGCACCGCCGGCCGCGGGACUACGGCUCCCGGCCUGCCCUGCCCGGCCCGGCCCGGCCCGGCCGAGCCAUGGCGGACAUCAGAGUGUUCCCCCUCUCCUGCACCGUGCAGAAGUACUCCUGGGGUAAGGUGGGGCUGGAGAGCGAGGUGGCCAAACUGGUGGCCGGCAGUGACCCCCUGAUCCGGAUCCAGCCCGACCAGCCCUAUGCAGAGCUCUGGAUGGGCACGCACCCCCGGGGCGAUGCCCUCAUCCGGGAUAACCGCAUCCCCCAAAAGACCCUGGGCCAGUGGAUCGCUGACAACCCAGCCUGCCUGGGGGCCAAGGUGAAGGACACCUUCCAGGGCUGCCUGCCCUUCCUCUUCAAAGUGCUCUCGGUCAACACCGCCCUCUCCAUCCAGGCACACCCCAACAAGGAGCUGGCGGUGAAGCUGCACGCCCAGUUCCCCGAGCACUACCCUGAUGCCAACCACAAGCCCGAGAUGGCCAUCGCCCUCACCCCCUUCGAGGGCCUGUGUGGCUUCCGGCCGGUGGAGGAGAUCGUCUCCUUCCUCCAGACUGUCCCUGAGCUGCGGGCGCUGAUCGGGGAGGUGGCAGCGGAGCAGCUGGAGCGCAGCGGGAGCGACGACCCCCGGGGCGUCUCGGCCGCCCUCCGCGUCUGCUUCACCCGCCUGAUGAAGAGCGAGAAGAAGUUCUUCGUCGACCAACUGAACAUGCUGGUGAAGAGGAUCUCCCAGGAAGCGGCGGAAGGGAAGGACACGUCGGGGAGCAAUGGGGACCUCCUGCUGAGGCUGCACUCACAGUACCCUGGGGACAUUGGCUGCUUCACCAUUUAUUUCCUCAACCUGGUGAGGCUGGAGCCCGGGGAAGCCAUGUUCCUGGGGGCCAACGAGCCCCAUGCCUACCUGUAUGGAGACUGCGUGGAGUGCAUGGCCUGCUCGGAUAACACGGUGCGUGCCGGGCUCACCCCCAAGUUCAUCGAUGUCCUCACCUUGUGUGAGAUGCUCAACUACACACCAGCACCCAGCAGCUCCAAGAUCUUCCCUGCCACGCAGAGCCAGCUCGACCCCUGUGUCUACGUGUACGACCCACCCGUGCCAGACUUUGCCAUCAUGAGGAUAGAGAUCCCUCCGUCCAUAAAGCUGUACCUCCUCUCUGCUCUGGAGUCUGCCAGCAUCUUGCUGGUGAUCCAGGGGACAGCCGUGGCCACCUCCACAGCUGCUGCCUCUGAAAUGUCUCUGCGCCGUGGCUCCGUGCUCUUCAUCUCUGCCAACGAGAGCCUCUCCCUCCAGCUCUCAUCCCAGGAUGGGAUGCUGCUCUUCCGAGCCUGCUGCCUCCUCUGAGCAACACCCGGAUGCCUUCCCUGCUCCACAUUUGAGUAGAUAGAAACUUGGCCUGGGCAAAGUCAUCUCUCUCACUUGGAAGCUUCCCCUCCAUCUACUGAACCCCCAGACAAAUCACCUCCUGGGAUGUGGUGUGGAGCAGAGCAGGCAGAGGAAGAGCAAAGCUCCUUAGCCACAUCCCCAGAGCAUCAUCCCCUCUGGGUGCUGCUAAUGCCAUAACACAACUCCUCUUAUUAUUAUUUUUUUUUCCCCCUCCUCUUGCUAAGGAGCAGCAAGGUGGCCUGAAGGACUCACCCUGUGUCUCCAGCAUCUGCCCAGCUCCUGGGAGCUGCUUCUCCCUCCUGUGAAAGUGCUGCUGAGCCUCUGCUGCUCCCGGGUGCCUCCUGGGCUCCUCCUGAGCCUGGCUGCUGGCAGGCAGUUCCUCUGACACGUGUCACCUCUUUCCUGGCUGUAAAAGGGGGAUGCUUGAGUUGGGGUGGGGGGAAGGAGCUGGAAAGCCUCCAGUGCUGUCAAUAAAGUGAUGACUUUGUCCUCAGCACAGGGCAGCAUGUGUAGGGAACAGGAAGAGGAAAGGGAGAAGCUGGGGGCUGCGGGUAGCUCCACUCUGUCCCUUGGCACCACCUGUGACCUUCCCCCCCAACACCCUGUGGUGGCAUCAGGGGAUAGGGCAGCUCCACAGGGAAAACAGAUUGCUCCAAAAGCAGGGAAGGAGCCCCCCUGAGUGAGGAUGGGGGG